AUGCAGGAGAGCUUAAAAAAAGAGAAUAUUGUUUCAAUGGCAUCUACAGAAGAUGAUGGCGAAGGGCAAGAGUUUGUUGGGGGAGAAAUAGAUGAGAAGUGCAUAUGCAAGCUUCUGAAGGAGAUGAAGGAAACACUGGAAGUGCAGAAGAAAACACACGAAGCGCCCGAAGAUCUGGAUGAGUUCUACAGGCUGUUUGAGAGGUAUCUUGAGACGAAGAACGAAAAGAUUGUGUGGGAGAACGUUAGGUCGCCAAACGACAGAAUCAUCAGAUAUGAAUCUUUAUCUGAGCCAACCAACAGGUCGCGAGAGCUGCUAAAAAAGCUUGCAGUGCUCAAGCUGAAUGGAGGGCUUGGAACUACAAUGGGAUGUGUAGGGCCAAAAAGUGCAAUAACAGUGAAGGAUGGGAAGAACUUUAUUGAUCUUGUUGUGAAGCAGAUAAAGUAUCUGAACUCCAAAUACAAGACAGAUGUUCCAUUGAUUCUGAUGAAUUCGUUUAACACAAAGAAAAUGACCGAGAAGAUCAUAUUCAGGUACGAUGGCAUCAAAACAUUUUCUCAGAGCAUGUUCCCAAGGAUACUAUCAGAAACACUUCUUCCUGUGCCUCCUGAGUACGGCGACAAAGGGAUGUAUCCUCCAGGCCAUGGUGAUUUGUUUUACUCAUUGAGUAAGAGCGGGAUGCUUGAGGAAUUGCUUGCCGAGGGAUACGAGUAUCUGUUUGUAUCAAACAUCGACAACCUGGCCUCCACUGUUGAUCUGAAGCUGCUGGAGUACUUUGCCAGCAAUAACCUUGGGCUCCUCAUGGAGGUGACAGACAAGACACGUGCAGAUGUGAAGGGCGGGACGCUGAUAGAGUACAAUGGGGCUCUCAGACUACUCGAGAUUGCACAGGUUCCAUCCAGUAAGAAGUCAGAGUUCACUAGUGUCCGCAAAUUCAAGAUUUUCAACACAAACUCUGUCUGGAUCAACCUGAAGGACGUGAAGAAGCGAUUGGAAGAGGGCUUGCUUGAUCUUGACAUCAUUGAAAACAAGAAGAGCAUGAAUGACGAGACGGUUAUCCAACUUGAGACUGCAAUUGGAUCUGCAAUCAAGUACUUUCCAAACUCGUGUGGUGUGGUUGUUCCUCGUUCAAGGUUUUUGCCUGUCAAGACAUGCUCAGAUCUAUUCCUUGUAGAAAGCAAUCUAUUUAUCGAAAACAACGGAUCGAUCAAGCUGAAUCCAUCCCGCACACAGAAUCAGAAUGCCUUCCCAACAGUAAAGCUGCUUGGAAAGAAUUUCUCAAAAAUUGAGGAUUAUGAAAAAUGCUUCAAGGGAAUACCGGAUAUUCUUGAGCUCGAUGCCUUAACUGUCAGUGGAGAUGUUAUUUUUGGAAAGAAUGUUGUUCUCAAAGGAACCGUCAUAAUCCUGGCUGACGAUAAAAGCAAAAUAUGUAUCCCCGAUGGAUCUGUCCUGGAUGACAGCAUUGUAUAUGGAAACCUUCCAAUCAUCGAUCAUUAA